AUGGAAAUAAUUAAGAAAGGUAAUUACGUAUUAUGUUCAAGAAUAAGCGAGGGGUCACAUGGUAUUGUAUUUAAAAUAAGAUAUAAUAAAGGAACUAAAAAACUUUACUAUGCUAUGAAAGUACCUAAAAGUGAUAAUGUACACCGAGAGUAUUUAAAUAAUGAGAUAUCAAUACUUAGAAAUAUAGAACAUCCUAACAUUGUAAAAUUAGUCGAUUACGAAAUAGAUAAUUAUUUGAUUUUAGAAUUAUUUAAGACUAAUUGCUUCUAUUUAAAAAAUCCAAGCUUAAGUCUUUUAAAAAUGAUUGCACUUUCUAUUUUAGAUGGUUUAGAACAUUUACACUUAGAAUGUAAAAUGGUUUACAGAGAUCUCAAACCUGAAAACAUUCUUUUAUAUUCUAACUUUGAUAAAGACAAAAAAGUGGCAUUAUGUGAUUUCGGAUUGAGUAGUAGAUUUACUAAUUCUCAAAUAAACAGAGUGGGUCGAUUCCUUCAUGGGACACCUAGAUAUGCAUCUAUUAACUGUCAUCUUGGUAAAUGCGUUUCAUAUACUGAUGAUCUUGAAAAUCUUAUUUAUGUGAUUUUUUAUUUACACAAGGGAAGUUUACCAUGGCAAGCCUAUGAGUCGGUUAGCACCACUUUUCUUAAUAACAACAUUCUUAUUGCUAAACAAACAAUCUCGGCUUAUGAACUUACUACAAAUUCAAUUUUAGCAAAUAUUUAUGAUUAUAUUGUAAGAGUUAACUCUGAUAGAAAUCUUUAUAUAAAAACAAAUGCAAAUCCAGAAGAACUAAAAAAAUUUUACUUUAAUAUAAGAAAUUUGCUUAAUGUAUUAGAUGAGAAAGUAUUGUCUUCUUCAAUAAUUAACGAAACACCACAAGAAGUGCCAAUUAGACCUGUUAAUAGAUUUAGGAAAUUUUUAAAAACUGCUAAAAAAUUUUUAUGUUGUGGGCAAUAA